AUACAAUAUGUACAGUAGUUGUAGUGUAUAUGCAAUGCAUUGCUAAUCAAUAACAAACACAUAUUGAUGUCAACUGUCAGUCAAUCCAUUGGAUGACAAAUCCAUUUAAAUACCCAAUCGUUGACUUCUGUCAAUCAGUCUGUCUGUCUGUCGCUAUCUGUCCGUCCGAUCUGUGAUUUUUGGCCACCAAUGAAGUCGUCGUCGACUUCGUGCAAAUGUACUAAAUCGUCGAAAAUUGUUUGUCCCGAUUCCGGUUGUGGUGGUCGUCAUCGACAACAACAACAGCGACGACGCGAUGACCACCGAUCGUCGAAACGCGUGGCAACACAUUCGCGGCCAACCAGUCGAUACGGGCCGAAGCACUGGAAGAAAUUGCUUAUCGAUAAGUAUUUUGGCCGUCAAUUGGCACUGAACAGCACCACCACAUUCAACGAUUUAUCCGCCAAUCGGUUCAAUGGCAACGGCAACGUAUGUCACGAUUCGCUCAAAGUGGUCAUCUGGUUGUCCCAAUGCUCGUCACACAUGCAGCCAAUGACCGCCGCCGAGACUAUUGUUAAACAUCAAGUCUUGGACUGCGAAGACGUAUCCGAUGUCGACAUCGAAGAGUAUAUCGAUUGAGUGGUGAAAAAGAUUUGAUAUAUACUUCAGAGCUAUCUUUUACCGGUAAUUGCUUUCAUUGUUCAAACAUUAGCCAA